AUGGCUAUAAUCCGGGAACACAGAAGUGCAAACAUAGAAGAGGACCUGAACAUUAGAUACAACAGAUACAACUGGAACAUUAGGAACACAGAUGUAGAGACGGAAAUACAGAAGGUGGAGACAGGAAAUACAGACAGUGCAUGGAGGAAAUACACAGGAGAAGGAGGCAGGACCCGGAACACACAGAUGAAGGACAGGAACGAACACAAGGACAUAUGGACAGUAACUGGACCGAAUACACACACAAGGAGAAGGAGGACACAUGAAGAUGGAACACAGACAUGGAAAUCACAGAUGGAGACACAGACAGGACACACUGAAAAGGAAAUCACACAGGAUGGAGGAAAAACGGAACAUAGGAACUGUAGAGGACCCCGGAAACACAGACGGAACACAGAAUGGAGACAGGCAGGAACACAGGAAGGACCGAACACAGAGACACACAGGAAAUAUAACCGGAACACAGACAAGGAGGCAUGGAACAGACAGGAACACAAGGAACACAAGGAAAAACGGAACACAGGAAAUAAGGAUGGAGGACCGGACAGACAACCGGAACACAGGAUGGACCGGAACACAGAAGGAGACAGGAACACACAGGAUGGUGAGACCGGACACUGGAACACAGACAGGACAGGACACAGGAAGGUGGAGACACACAGACAACCCCGGAACACAGGCACAGACAAAGAAAGACAGGAAUGGAACAGAUGGAGACAUAACCGGAAAUACAUAGGAAAUACAGGACGUAGACCAACAACACAGGAAACACAAGCAGUGGAGACAACUGGAACACAGGAAGGUGGAGACAAAGGACCGGAACACAGAGACACAGCUGUAGAUGAGAACAAGGACCAAGAUGAUGAGAACUGGAACAAGAAACACAGACGAACACAACAGGAGCACAGGACCCCGGAACCGGAACACAGUGGAGAGACUGGAACACAGACAGUGAACACACAGGUGAGCAUGGAAUGGAACAUAGACAUAACCCAACACACAAGAUGUAGACAAAGAAUCCGGAACAUAGACCAGGAAGAUGAACACAAGGAACAGGAGGAGGUGGAGGACAGGACCGGAACACACAACCGGAACACAGGUGGAGACAGCAGGACCGGAACACAACACAGACAGGACCCGGAACACAGACAUACAGACAGGAACACAGAGACAGGCAUAACUGGAACACACAGACAGAACUGGAAACAUAAGUGGAGGAGGAAAAAUCCGACAGACAGGACCCGGAACACAAGAAGGUGGAGACAGGAAGACAACUGGAAGACACAGACAGUGGAACUGAGGACAGAGGACCCGGAACACAGACAACCCGGAACACAGGAAGCACAGAUGAAGACAGGACCGGAACACACAGACAGAACUGGAAGACAGGAACACAAGAAGGAGACAGUGGCAGGACCCGAACACACAGACAACUGGAAUGACAAUCAAGGACAGAAUCCCGAAGACAAGAAGGUGGAGACAGGAAGAACUGGAACACAGGAAGGAUGA